UAUUGUUGCUUCAAAACAAAGUAACAACGCCGCUAGUGGUACUCUCUCUCUCUCUCUCUCUGCACUUCGUCUUCAUCAAAGUCUCAGCUCGUCAUUUCAUAAGCUUAUCAUAUUAUGGUUGAGAGCCAACCAUGGUGGACCAAUCUGAUACUGAUGCCUAAGGGUUUCAGAUUCCGUCCGAGAGAUGAAGAACUCGUUGGUCAUUACCUCUACCACAAACUGAUGGCUGAUGAUCCUUCCAUCCACAACAUCAUCCCUGAGAUUGAGAUUUGCAAGUACGAACCAUGGGACUUACCAGCAUUAUCGCUGAUCAAGUCGGCGGACUCGGAAUGGUUUUUCAUCAGUCCUCGCGAUUACAAGUACUCAAACCGUACUCUGUGUAAUAGGACAACAUCACGUGGUUACUGGAAACCCACCGGUCAAGAGACGAAAAUCAAGGAUCGAGUCACCAACAAUGUCAUUGGGACCAAAAGGACACUAGUUUUCUACCGAGGACGUGCUCCCGGUAUUAAAGAUAAUUGGGUUAUUCGUGAAUGUCAUGAUGCCCUCUUCCCUCCCAAUCAGAGAGCCUAUGUUAUAUGUAGGUUACUGAAGAAAACUGAGAAGAAACCAAAAGAAAAAUCCAAUGAACUAGUUCAUGAUGAACAGGGGCCAAAUAACCGUAUAGUUGUUGAGUAUGAAAAUCAAGCAAGUUUGCGUGUGACUCCAGAAGUACAGUACUAUCCCUCAGAUAUGGAUUCACUGAUUCAAACAGCUGGGGAGUCAAAUGAGUUUGCAGGCUCAUUGAUUCAGACACGGCCUAGUGAAGUGAAUCCAAGCGUUGAGAUGCCACAUGAUGAGUCAGAAGAAGAAUUUGAUGUCAGUUCAUUACUGCGGUCCCCUUCGAGUUUGGAUGAGCUAGAGAGUAACUGGAAAUGGUAAAUAGCAUAUAUCAGAUAUGCAUUCGCACGCAUCAAGAAAGGAAAACUAUUUAUGUUUAAAGUAAAAAGAAUUAUGGUGAUGUGUACUUUUUUCAGUGUUCUUGUGAGAUUUGAGGUUUGGAUCUGCGUGAUGUUAUUGUAUGGAGGCAAACACGUGAGGAGGGUUUUGUUUUAGCCAUAUGUUAGAGACAAGGAUUUGGCCUGGAGCUAUCUGUUGUAUUUAAUUUUUAGACCUGAGUCUGUUGUAUGUGCUGACCUUCCCUUUCAAGUUUUUAUAUAUCAAUGAGGUAUAA